UCCAGCGCAGGUUUUGUAACACAAGGGCCCUGGCCAAUCACGGCACGAGCCCGCUGUUCACGUGACCGUGCUUUUCUUUAUGUAACAAACGGGUAUCUUGUGGGAAAGCCUGUCGCUCCAUUGGUAAGGACCGAGGCAGCUAUCGAAAUGUGGAAGCACGUCGGCAGAAGAAAACCUAAAUCCACAUAGCGUUUGGCCGGCAUCUCGGUGCUAUAAUGUCACUACAACCGCAAGCGGAGGAGGCUCAGGAGGAGCGAAGCGUCUUUUUCAUCGGCGCCGACAGCCUCCCCGAAGAGGAAGACCACCAUGAACUUAUACUUCAGAAAGCCAACGCGUUAGCAUCUGAAGACUGCCUCAAGGAGGCCAUUGACUGGUUUUCAGCGGCUAUGCGCUAUGGCCCCGUGCGACCGGAACAACUAAGCACUUUCGUGGACUGUAUCCUCCGCAACUUCAAGAGGAAAGCGCCGGGGCCGGAUGCUUCCAAAGGCCCGGGCCGAGAGGCAGCCGGGGGCUCCGGUAGCGCGGUGUUCGACUGCCCCGGCUGUCACAGCUUCCUAGGCGAACCAGUGACCAUAGCCUGUGGACAUACGUAUUGUAGAAGGUGUUUACAUCGGCGGCUGCUUUCGAAAUGCAAACUGUGCAGCGAGCCGGUCGGCGGCAAGGAAAAAGUGAAUGUAACUCUUGGCGGACUUCUAGAAAAAUGGUUUCCCGACGACGUUAAAAAGUCGAAAACGUUGGGUGAAGUGGACGCAAUGUGCAAAAGAAAACGCUACAAAGAGGCCGUGUCACUGGCGACCGACGUCAUCCGGUCAGAUCCACACAUGAUGGCCGCUCGUCUGUCUCGGGCUGAAGCGCACAUGGCUCUCAAACAGUAUCGACUGGCUUUCGAGGAUGCAGAAUUAUGUUCCAAGUCCAGUUGUUCUGCUGAGGCUCUGUUCUGGAAGGCCAUGGUACUCCAUGAAAUGGGCCGAGUGGAUGAGUCUCUCCAACUCUUCCUCCACUGCCUGACUGUUGAUGAGGACUUUCUCGGUGCUAAAAGACAAGUGGAAAAGAUCAUGUGUGACCUGCUGUCCCCUGCUGAUGAGAACGUUAAGGUUGGCCUGAGGGAAACGACGCAGAACACGCUGCCCCACUUGCGCAGCAAGGCCCUGGCAGAAGAUUCCCGUUCUCCAGCCAAGAGCCCCGUCCAGAGACAACACCAGCACCAGGCCCGGGCCGCCUCCGCUCACAGCGCGGACAACCAGGAGAAACGCUGGGAAAGUCUAGAGCGUCCCGGCCUGAGCAGAGCGCAGUCGCUGCGGAUGCACGGCUUGACCAGCGGCGAGGAGGGGCUUAAGAGAGUCUGCUCCGCCCCCCAGCUGGGCGACCAGGACAAGGGGAGCCUGCUGAAGAGGAAGCUGUCGGUGUCCGACAUAGAAUCUUACAUCGUGGACAGCGGAAGUAGCAAACAUAAAAAGCAAGCAUGGUACUGCGGGAAGAGCGUAGGGGGCGCUGUCACCACGGUGAUUAAAGGUGUUCUGUUCUCUGAAUACUUUCAAGGUGUGGCAAAAAUCUCAAAACAGCCUGCCAAAGCAAAAACCUGCAAAAGUGUUCCAGAGGGGAAGUUGGACCCCAACGAUUUGGAGUGUUCCCUCUGCAUGAGGUGGGUACGCGCCGGACCGGAACCUUUGCACCUCACUGAGCACCCACCUGACAACUGCACCUCCUCUCCACGCAGGUUGUUUUACGAGCCGGUGAGCACACCGUGUGGCCACACCUUCUGCAAAAACUGCUUGGAGCGCUGCUUGGACCACACUCCCCAGUGCCCGCUCUGUAAAGAGAGUUUGAAAGAGUAUUUAGCAUGCAGGAAGUACAUGGUGACCACCAUCCUGGACAUGUUAAUCAAGCAGUACUUGAGUCAGGAACACGCAGACAGAACAAAAAUUCACCUGGAGGAGACCAGAGAGCUUUCUGACCUGACAAAGAAUGUGCCUAUUUUUGUGUGUACCAUGGCUUACCCGACUGUGCCUUGUCCACUGCAUGUCUUCGAGCCACGCUACCGCCUCAUGAUUCGCCGCUGUAUGGACAUAGGCACGAGGCAAUUCGGGAUGUGUAUCAGCGAUCCUCAGAAAGGCUUUGCAGAUUAUGGCUGCAUGCUAAUAAUCAGAAGUGUCCACUUCCUCCCCGACGGACGCUCCGUCGUGGACACCAUCGGUGGGAAGCGCUUCCGGGUCUUGGCUAGAGGAAUGAAAGAUGGUUACAGCACUGCGGACAUCGAGCAUUUGGAAGACAGCAGGGUGGAGAACGGAGAGGAACUCGAAAAGCUACAGGAGCUGCACGACGCCGUGUACGAACAGGCCCAAGUGUGGUUCCAGAACCUCAAGAUUCGCUUCCACAACCAGAUCCUGCAGCACUUCGGACCAAUGCCAGAGCGAGAGCCUGACAUUCAGGCCACUCCAAACGGUCCGGCGUGCUGCUGGUGGCUACUGGCCGUUCUGCCCAUCGACCCCCGGUACCAGCUGUCUGUCCUCUCCAUGACCAGCCUCAAAGACCGCCUGGUGAAGAUCCAGCACAUCCUCACGUAUCUGCAGAGCAUCCCCAACAACUAGAGCUUCCCCACAACGAGCCUCCACCUAGUCUUUUGAAGAGAAGCCUGGGAAGCCACCGGUCAGCAUCUCGCCAACUUCUGCCUCGACUACUAGCUCCAGCCCGUCGCAUCUCCUGUCACCGCUCUCUGUAUGAAAUCUACAUCCAUAGUAGAGAUAAGACCACACCACCUCAGGGAAGCCCUCACUGACGUGCAGCUGUUCUGAAAUUACCGCCCCCCAAAAAAUAUAUAUAUAAUGCAAAUAACGUAAUCCGCUCUUGCUUCCAACACAGUUAAUUUUCAGAGGAGCUUCACUGUUAUUUGUGGAGGUUAAAAAAGACUUAGAAGAUGAGAGAGCAGUUUCCAACAAUGGGACAGUUUUUUUUUAUGAUCGGUAAAUAUGGAGAGUCCAGUGUGUGACGGUUGAGUGAUUCCAUGAAAUAGAAUCCCAAAUGCAGAAAGUCCCAAAAAAACUAAACAAAACAAAAAACUUAAGUGAUGGCAAGAUUUUCACUACCUAUCACACGGCACUUUACGGGGAUCGAAGAUGCUUCAAGAGUUCAGCCAGUCGGGUUCUAGCGGAACCACCGCGAGGAGAUCUGCACCUAAAGCGAGGCGGCGCCAAGCACUGAUGACAGUACCACACUUCUCAGAAAGAAAAACCAACAAGUUUUCUUCUCACUCUCUUCUGUCAUGCUUAACACGCACAACUUCCAUUGCUGCCUCCGCAGAGUAGCAAAGGACUUUAAAUGUUAGACCGCAAUCAUCUGAAUUUCUUCCCACUGUUGUUGUUUGUUUUUGAGUUUGUUUGUUUGUUUGUUUGUUUUCCCCAGGUUUCUAUGUAAAGAGUGUGUGACCCUGAAAUUUCACUUCUUUUACUAUGGUUCAAAAUGUUUUUAGUUGUUUUUUUUCUUGAA